UGAAGACAGUGUUGGGAUCAUGUCGAACAAAAGGUCGCUACACAUGUUCCAACAGGGCUCGCCGAAAAGACGCAAAUCUUCGCAAGGUGACACAAACCACCACAAGUAUCCUGACACGAACCCACAGUACACCAACUACCAGCAGCCAUACCAGAACAAUAACUUUCAAUCUACUAAUCAGAAGAACGAGGAUAGAAAGUUUUAUCAAGUUGCCGGAGGAGUAAACUGUAACGAUCUACAAGGUGUUUACCAGCCACCCACCAACAACUUCGGCUACAACCCAGGACAGGAUAUAUCUGCUCCGAACCACCGAGUUCCAAUACAGAACAUGCCAGCUCACACAGUUGGUAUCCCUCCCCAGUAUUCUGCACAGGGUGGAGGAACUCCCGGUAAAACAUACAGUUAUAAAGAUGAUAACCGUUAUAAUAUGGGCAAAACUACAAACCAAACACUCAGCUACAACGGAGCUAACAGUUACCAGUACCCAGACUCCAAACCUCAAGUAAUGAACAAUCUUCAGAAUAGUUCUAGAAGUUCAGAGAAUUCUGCACUGUAUAAUCUGAACCACGUGAUCCCGCAACAGUCACGUGAUCAACUUGGUCAUGUGAUCCCUCAACAGUGUAAUCCUGUUGCUCCAGGUCAAUAUCAUGGCCCUGAAAUUAGGUUUUACAACCAUCAGCCUAGUGUUCAGUAUCAGCUGUCUGAUAAUAUGCAGACAUCUAGAUCAAAUCUACCCCAGCAGUUUCCGCAGCUUUCACAUCAGCAGCUUCCACAGAAAGCCUCUCAUAAUUCAUGGGAUCCCUCUGUUUCUCAUCCCACCCUCGAACAUCGCCUCCCGACGACAGACCCAGGUUUGGGCCCAAUAGAGGGCCCUCUCAGAUACAACCCUUUACCCACCACUCAGUACAAGAUAGGUCCUGGUGUUCAACAACGUAACGCCUCUAAAAAUAUCCACGGUGAUGGUAAAACCGAAAGCAAAACUGGUGACAAGAGGAAAAGUUCCGGCCCAGAUAGUGGCAAACUUAAUUCAGGGAAGAAGAGGAUAGUGACCUGCAAUAUCUCCGCCCUACUGCACUGGAGUAAACUAAAGUACAGUACUCAGUUCAUGUUCGAGCUCUUCGUCUCUCUCAGCUCUGUGGAGCGGAGAAGUGAUGUAAGCUAUAAGUUAGAGUUGAGAGACAAUGAGAAAAACAGACUGAACGCUGAUUACUACCUGUCUAGUACUGCACAACCUGAGCUUAUGAACGGGAAAUACUACCGUGUUAUUGGUAAAAUGACGAAUAAUACGUUUCACUGUUUUAAACUGAAAGAAGUACCGUACAUGGAAACAACAAACGCAAACAGUCUAAUAAAACAAAGCGAAAUUGCGAUGAGUAAGCUAAUAUUGCAGAUAAAUGAAAAUUAAUUAACAUUAUUAGGGUUUCAGACAUCAAUUAGAUGUUUUAAGAGAGUUCAGAGUUAUUUAUGUUAGAUAUUAUAGAUGUUCACGAAAAAGAAUAUUCUCAGCUAUUUUUAAUUAUAAUUUCAAAUGACCGGUUUCUACAGAUAAGAGAAGAAUUUGUUCUACUCAAUACAUUGUUUUUGUAACGUUUAUUUUACAAAUUGUUAACAUUAAUAAUCUGUUUAAAACCAUUGUUGCUAUGAUUUAUUUAUAUGAUUUCGAUAUUUCGUUUUAAUUUUGCAAUUUUUGAGUUAAAUUUUUGAUAAUUGUUGAGUUAAUUAUCGUUCGAUAGCUUUGUGUAAUGAUGUUUUGUAUAUUUCAAGCUGCUUGAAGGCACGAGUUAUAACAAGCUUA